AUGGCGCCGUCAGAAGAAUGGGUGCUAAACACACCACUGCCUCUUGGUGAUGACUGGGUUCCCAUAUGUCAAUACCUGGAUAUUGACUUUUCCCUCGAUCACUUCUUGUUGGCCAUGGACAAUCUUAUCCGUGAACCCAACAUCAACUCGACAGUGAUCAUGCGUGCCGAUAUCCUCAAGGAACGCCGACUGGAUCAGGAUCCCAAGCUUACAUUUGACGCUGAACUGACUGAACUUCCAGAUUUCCCUGGUUCGGAACUGCUGGAGCCGCUCCAUCGCAAUAUAGACGAUACCGACUUGCGACAGCCUCCUAUCGCCCUUGAUCUCAAUACAACGCAUGAAGUCGUCCGGCGUAUCAUACCGCGUAAUCCUUUCAAGGAUUACAUCAUUAAUCAGACGUGUCUUGUGGCUAGAGACGACAAGCAAGGCCUCGUUGUCUACGUACCUCAUAUCAGCGAGGCAUCCGAAACCCCGUUUUACCUCCCACCGGUACAGGCCAUUGGGAUCUUCUACGGACAAUUAACCACCGAUGCAACGAAAACAGGGCUUAGUAUCCACUAUAUCCCGUUCGGGUACGAGAAAGGUCCCGAGGCAGUUGCAGCGCUUCGUGCUUCAGACAUCAGCAGCAGACCCCAGCGCAUUGCGUUAAGACUUUUGAAUACUGCUGCCAAACACUCACUAGGACGGAAGACGGGCUAUGCUAAGCGAGUCAACCACGAUAAAGUGGUGCCGCGAGUCAACUUCCAAAACCGGUACUUGGCACUCAAACAGAAGUAUGCCGAUCACCUUGUGAACAAUUGGCAAGAAAACACCGAUCCACGCAAACACGUGUUUGAAGACUUGGCUAUUGCUGCUUUCCUCAUUGAAUUCUGGGCUAUCGCCUACGAAAAUCCCAAAGAGCAAAUGCAAUUUCGCGAUUUGGGGUGUGGUAAUGGCUUGUUGGUCUACAUUUUAUUGCAGGAGGGCUACAAGGGUGAAGGUAUUGACGCUAGAGCACGGAAACUGUGGAGCUCAUACCCAGAGCUGGUUCAAAGUCAGCUCAAGGAACAAGUAAUCAUCCCUCAGAUGCUCCUUAAGCCUCACCCGGCGGUGCAAAAGGUGGCUCCUCAUAUCACCGACAAUGGCCGGAUGUUCCUUGUGCCUGAUUUCACCCUCAACACCGAUACCUACUGCUCUGCUGGCAGUCUCUUGGAAAGUCCACGAGUGUGCACGGCUGAGUUUCCUCCAGACACCUUCAUCAUUGGCAACCACAGUGAUGAGUUGACCUGUUGGAUUCCACUUUUAGGGUACCCGUUCAUUGUAAUUCCCUGUUGUCUGCACGCCUUAAGUGGAGCUAAAUUCAGAUUCCCACUGAAACGAGCUUAUUUUGCUUCAGGUAAUGGCGUCUCUAGUGGCAACUCACAGUACGGGGCUCUUGUUGACCAUGUUGAGGAUUUAGCUACGCAAAUGGGGUGGCAGGUGGAGAAAGAAAUGCUUCGCAUCCCCAGUACAAGAAACGCUGCCAUCAUUGCGACUAAGCAUACCCCAGCUUGGUCCCAAUUGAAUGACGACGCAAAGGAGAUUCGCGUCCACGACGUCAUACACCUUGAAGGCGGUGCUGAGGGGUGGGUACAAAACUCGGUGGCAUUAAUGAAGCGAGCACCUCGUGGGCACUGA